CGGCGCGCCUGCGCAGACGGCCGACAGCUGAUAACUCAUCUAUUAUGCUGAAAUAAAAAAAUCUCCGGAGCAGGACGAGCCGCCGCGGGAGCACCGACACCGACGCAAGUUGUGCGAUGGGAGUUUGUCUCUUUGGCGAAGAAAGCGUCGAGCAUCAUCAGCUGCAGAACCUGAACUGAACCCGCCGACACACACUUGUGUGCACACACACACCCAGAAGGAGUUGUGUUUUCUCACCGUCAGGCCCACGCUGCCGUACCACGCUGCAUUGCUGCGUCUUUGUCGUCCACCAUGUCGGACGCCCCAGAGGCUGCGCCCGCCAGCCCCCCUUCCAUCACCAACCCGGCCCCCCCUGAGGUCACCAACCCCAACAAACCUGGCAGGAAGACCAAUCAGCUGCAGUACAUGCAGAACGUGGUGGUGAAGACUCUGUGGAAACACCAGUUCGCGUGGCCGUUCUACCAGCCCGUGGAUGCCAUCAAGCUGUGUCUGUUGGACUACCACAAGGUGAUCAAGAACCCCAUGGACAUGGGAACCAUCAAGAAACGCCUGGAGAACAACUACUACUGGAGCGCCAGCGAGGCCAUGCAGGACUUCAACACCAUGUUCACCAACUGCUACAUCUACAACAAGCCCACAGACGACAUCGUCCUGAUGGCUCAGGCUCUAGAGAAGAUCUUCCUCCAGAAAGUGGCUCAGAUGCCGCAGGAGGAGGUGGCUCUGCUGCCUCCGGUUCCUCGGGGGAAGAACAAGAGCAAACAGCCGGCAGCCAACACAGUGAGCCAGCAGGCGGAGUCUUCGGCCUCCCCUCCCCCCUCCUACCCGUCCCCCUCUCCCUCUCAGACACCUGUAAUCUCCACCACACCCACGCCUGUCCCGGCCACGCCCCCCGUCUCCGCCCCGCAGCCCCCGGCGGCCACGACCAUGAUGCCGUCAGCGCAGCCUGUCAUAAAGAAGAAAGGCGUGAAGAGGAAAGCCGACACGACCACGCCCACCACGUCGGCCAUCUCCGCCGGCCGUGCAGACUCCCCCUCCCCCCCGGACGCCAAGCCGGCCAAGCUGGCGUCGGCCCGCCGGGAAGCGGCCGCCCGGCCCGCCAAGACCCGGCGGGAGACGGUGGAGGAGGUGGCGGGGGCCGAGGUGGGAGCAGGGGUGCCCGGAGCCGUGGGGAGGAAAGCGGGCAAGCUGGGCGAGCAGAUGAAGCACUGCGACGCCAUCCUGAAGGAGAUGCUGUCCAAGAAGCACGCUGCCUACGCCUGGCCCUUCUACAAACCGGUGGAUGCAGAGGCGCUGGAGCUGCACGACUACCACGACAUCAUCAAACACCCCAUGGACCUCAGCACCGUCCGGAAAAAGAUGGAUAAAGGGGAGUACAGCGACCCUCAGAGCUUCGCCACUGACGUCAGGUUAAUGUUCUCCAACUGUUACAAGUACAACCCCCCGGAUCACGAGGUGGUGGCCAUGGCCCGCAAGCUGCAGGACGUGUUUGAGAUGCGGUUCGCCAAGAUCCCUGACGAGGGCCUGGAGGUGUCAGUCCCGUCUACGACGCCGCUGGUCAGUAAAAGCACCGCCUCCUCCGACAGCAGCAACAACUCCUCCUCCGACGAAUCCUCCGACUCCGAGGAGGAGCGAGCCACGCGACUGGCCGAGCUUCAGGAGCAGGUUGGUGCUGCCGACCAAUCACAGUUGAAGGCGGUGCACGAGCAGUUGGCCGUCCUGUCGCAGGCGCCGGUCAGCAAGCCAAAGAAGAAAAAAGAGAAGAAGGACAAGGAGAAGAAGAAAGAGAAGGACAAAGACAAAGGAAAUAAGGCCAAGAUAGAGGAAGAGAAGAAGCCCAAGGCCGCCGCCCAGCAGCCCAAACCAGCCAAUCAGAAGAAGGCACCAGCCAGGAAAGCCAACAGCACGGUAACGGCCACCAGGCAACCGAAGAAAGGAGGUAAGACGACGGGCGGCGGCUCGGCCAACGGAGACGACGGCGAGGAGUCGUCCCAGCCCAUGUCGUACGACGAGAAGCGGCAGCUGAGUCUAGACAUAAACCGACUGCCCGGCGAGAAGCUGGGCCGAGUUGUGCACAUCAUCCAGUCCAGAGAGCCGUCGCUGAGGGACUCCAACCCGGACGAGAUCGAGAUUGACUUCGAAACCCUCAAACCCUCUACGCUCAGAGAACUGGAGCGCUACGUCAAGUCCUGCCUGCAGAAGAAGCAGAGGAAGCUGCUGCAGAAAGCAGCCGGGGGAGCUUCGGGAGGCGGGGCCAGCCGUUUGAGUGGCAGCUCCUCUUCCUCCUCUGAUGACAGCUCCUCAACAGGAACCUCCUCUUCCUCCGACACAGACUGAACACACACACACACACACACACACACACGUCUGUUACGAUCACACACACACAAACACACACACACGUACACUUACAUGAAGAACAAACAGAAAACUGAACUUCUGACUUCACACACCAACACACACAGACUGUAUGUAAAUAGGCUGACCUUUUUUUUUUUUUUUUUUUUUUUCUUUUUAGCUCCUAGUGUUUUUUUUCUUUAUAUUUUAUUUUUUCUGGAGAGAUGCAGACUGUCGUAGGAAGAGGAGGAGGACGUCAGUGGACAGAUGGACUUCCUGUGGGUCUGGGAGUCUCAGUGAUGCGUGGACACUCUCCUCCUCUUCCUGUCUGCGGGCGGCCGGCGGCCUCUGAACACAUUCCAGAAGCAGAGCAUCAUGGGAGACGAGGCGGACGAUCUCUGUGGGUUUUCGGAGACUAUUUCAGUUGACGCCUUCACUUCUGGAGACGACCCGGGUAUCUAUGGCAGCGUGAGGUCCGUGUCACAUGACCCGGACCAGGAGGAAGACGUUGCAGA